AUGCGCUGGUACUCCAUUAGUCAGGAGCUAGGCUGGGGCAUUCUGACCCUGAUACCACACGACGAGAUUGCGAAUCGCUGGAUAGAACGCACCCUCCGUGUAGGCCAGCUGCAUGUCUGGAUUAAGCUACUUAAGAAGGAGUGUCUAGACAUUUGUGCAGCUAGCAAGGCACUUGAGAACUGGUUAGGGCCAGAGGGAAUUGCUGGCGGGCCCAUCAACGAGAAGAAAACGCUGAGCAUUGAGGCGGAGGCGCCAGCAACCAUCUACGAGGUGGAAGAGAUUCAAGACAGCAAAGACAACGAAACUGACAACAGCGUUAACGACAGCACCAGAGAGCAAAGUUAUGCUUCGCCGAAGAGUCCUACGCCAGCUCCGCGGUUGCGUCAGCUAACUUUGCUUAAAUUGUUCCAUCCUGUAGAGUAG